AUGGUAGAACUAAGCCGACGAAGGCGAGCGUGGGUGGAAAGCAGACAUCACGUGUUACACGCAUCGGGGUUGAUUCCAGAAGAGAGGCUCAUCGCGCCCAGAUGUUUGGCCAAGCUCGUUCCCAGAAAGACAGCAAAGAGCACCUGGGACAGCUCCUGGUUCUGUUGUCAUUCAGUUGCCCACUUCUCAACCGCUGCCGAUUCUGCCACCCGCUCAACUGUCUUCGUCAUCUACACCCACAGCCUUUCACAACCUCCCACGUCUCAGUCCCCCGGUCAAGCUGCCAUCACCAAGCGGCCUUCACGGAUAUUAACUCCGACCUUUCGAGCCCUGACGCAGAUCAGUCUUCCUUUGCCACACCUCCUGGAAACAUCUCCUUAUCUGCACGUACGUGAAUCUGCAACGAGUGUUGACAUCCAGGAAUGGCGGAACCAGGUUGUAAAGGUAGUUCCAGAAAGGCCACAGCUAGUUUUCAGGCUCGGCUCAGCCACGAGCAAGAAGGAAUAUCCCAACUUCCGGUAUCCGUACAAAGUCAUUAACCUGGACCCUGCAACCCAUUUCUAUCGAAGUUGGUCAAAGGUGAAGGACAAAGACUAUAUCAUCAGCCCUGACUGGAUCUCGGAGAAGUUAUGGAACUUGCGGACAAACAAAUGUCCGAACAAUAUAGCCGGUCCUAGAGUCACCCAGCUAUAGCAUGCUAGAGCACAUAUGGCAACAAUUCAAAAAGGACCAAAGGUGACUUGUACUACGACACUCGAUCUAUUAUCUAUGGUCACCAUGCCAGAAUGCACAAUUUAAGUGCAUUCCCGUCAAUUUGCAAUGUUAAUUCAGUGGCAUAGGAACCAAAAAAGGGGGACUGCAGCAUUUUCAAAAAAGAUUUUGAGGGAAUAAGAAUAUCU